AUGUCGUCCGGCGCUGCCCUGGGGAGCCGGGACAAUCUCCACCGGUCCAACCCGAACCUCUUUCACGAAGGCGGCGACUCGAAACGCAAACCGGCUGCCGCCGUUAACGUUGCCGAGAAGAAACGCGCUUCGCUCGAUGCCCGACACCGCUAUCUGCUGGAAAAGUUCAGCACCUACAUUGACGAGAAGGCAGCCACGCUCGAGAACUCACUGCUGAUCGGCAACAAGAUCGAUGUCAUCAACGACUUUUUCGCCGAAGGCGGCUCCAAGAAGGUGCUAUUCUUUUGGCAGGCCCCGUCCAAGAAGGGUGCUGCAGGCGCCCAAAAGUCCAACGUGCUCGUCGUCAGCAACGGCUCGCGAGAGGCAAUCAGCGGCCAAGGAUGUUUCUUUAUCCGACCGUCGACCAAGGCCGUCACCGCUCAGAACAUCUUUACCGAGGUGAGCUUCGGCUUGAUCAACGCCAACAUUUUGCCGUCCCUAACGGUCAUGGUCAAGCACGUGGUGAUGCCUGCCCUCAAGGCCCAGGACAAUUGGGGAGCCCUGAGCCGACAAAAGAGCGAGUCUGUUCGAGCCUUCCUCGAGGUUCUCGAGAAGUUUGUUGAGGAUCUCGACGUAGCGAUGGUCAACCUGCAUGACUCGGUGCAGCUGCAUCCAUGCACCAUCGAUCUUGAUGCUUACAAGAAGCCCAGCGAUUACCCCAACGCAGUGCAUGCUCCGGAGGUCAUCGAUGCCCUCGAAGGGCUUGUCACGGAGUGGUGCAAGCAAAUCGAGCAGGUCCUGGCCGAGUCGGAGCAAAUGCGUAAGGAAGCCGACGAUAUCGGACCAAACGCCGAGCUUGCACACUGGAAGGCGCGAAUGGUCAAAUUCAACAGCAUCACCGACCAACUCAAGAGCCCCAUUUGCAAGAAGGUCAUUGGAAUUCUCAAUGCCGUCAAGAGCCGAACACUACUUAGGACUUGGAAAGACCUUGAUAACCGAGUCACAGAUGCUGCUAACGAAUCAAAGGAUAACGUCAAGUACCUCUACACGCUGGAGCGCUUUUGCGAUCCACUCUAUCAAAGCGAUCCGGUCGGUAUGGUGCCGGCGAUACCGGGUCUCAUUAACGCCAUAAAGAUGAUCUACAGGCAAGUAUGGCAAAGAUGCUUUGGCCAGGAGAGAAGCCCCAUUUCGCGAUACUAUAACACCUCUGAGCGCAUGACAUCGCUGUUUGUCAAAAUCACCAACCAGAUGAUCACCAGCUGCAAAGAGUAUAUUUACAAAGACGGUGGAUCCAAGCUCUGGGAUCAGGAUCGACAAGAGCUCGUCAAGAAGUUGACUCGAUGCGUAAAGCUGAACGAAGCCUACCAGCGAUUCUUCCACGAAACCAAGAAAAAACUCCAAGAGACUCCUCAGGAGAAGCAGUUUGACUUUUCAGAGAUGUAUAUCUUUGGAAAGUUUGAUGCUUUCUGCAAGCGAAUCCAGAAGGUCAUCGACAUGUUCAGCGUCAUCGAAAAGUUCUCGUUAUUGGAGAAGCUCGGAAUCGAGGGCAUGGACUUGACGAUCAAGAGGUUUUCCAACAUCAUGAUGCAGAUGCAGCGCAAACCAUACGAUAUUCUCGACCACAGAAAGAUGGAAUAUGACUCUGAUUACGUCAGCUUCAAGAAGCAGAUCAGCGAUCUCGAGGCCAGCAUACAAGAGUUCAUCGAUCGAUCGUUCGAGCAUAUCACUUCGACCGAGCAAUCGCUCUCCCUGCUGCGCAAGUUCAGCCAGAUCAAGGAUAUGCAGCUUGAUCUCGAGUCCAAGUACCACCAAGUCUUUGUUCAUUACACUCGGCGUGAUCUCGAAGGCGUCCGGAAGAUCUACCAAAAGUACAAGGAUAGCCCGCCAAUUCCCCGAAACACACCUCCCGUCAGCGGAGCGAUCGCCUGGGCCCGCCAACUCUAUCGGCGCAUCGAAACGCCCAUGAAGCACUUCAAGGAAAGCACCAGCGUUCUGGAGAGCUCCGAGGCCAAGAAGCACAUCCGCAACUACAACAAGCUUGCACGUGCCCUGAUCGAAUUCGAGGUGCUCUGGCACAAAUCUUGGUUCAGCAUCGUCGAUCAGGCCAAAACGGGGCUUCAGGCUACAUUGCUCGUCGUCGAUCCAGACAACAACCUCUUUGUCAACUUUGAUCCCCAGAUCAUCCAGCUGAUCAAAGAAACCAAGUACAUGCAGCGACUCGGGUUGGAAGUCCCUGACAGUGUCCGCAACAUAUGCCUGAAGGAAAUGUACUACAAGAGCCUCUACGGCGGACUGGUGCAGGCUCUGCAGAACAAGAAGCGAAUACUCGAGAGGGUCUCGAAUAUUCUGAGGCGGGCCAUGGGUCCGCACAUUGACGAGCUUGAUCACACCCUCCAGCCCGGACUCACGGCAUUGACUUGGACUUCGCUGAACUUGGAUGCCUACUUGGGCGCAAACAAUAACCAGCUGUUUAGGAUGGAUGAACUCGUCGACAAGUUGCUGGAUAUUACCUCCUGCCGGAUCAACCACGGGGUCCACAAGAUUGCUGAGCUAUCGCUCUGCGAGCUUCCAUCUGAUCACGAACAGUGGACUGUAGAUAUUUUCCUGGAGAAAACAGAGAGCCGAUGCGCUUCGGUGAUGCAAACCAUCAACAAUCGCAGCAACCUGAUUGAAAGCGCGACGCGGGAUUUGAUCAUGGAGCUGUCCAAAGGCGUGCCCACUCCAAUCAAUCCUGAGCUCAAGCUUGCAUACGAAAGCGUCUACUACCACUUCAACUACCAAAACUUUGAGGCCCUAGUCCAAUGCAUCAAGGGCUCACUCGACGCCCUGAGGUUCCGACUCGGCAACUACACCAGUGCCCAGUAUAACAAGGCGUCGAGUCAGAAGCCCUUCUUCAAGUCCGAGCUCGUCCUACUAAUUCCGAGCGUUGUGCUCCAACCAAAGCUGGAGGACAUCCAGACGGCACUCAACAAAGCUGCCGGGAUGAUCGUGGAGGUCUCAAAGAAAGUGACAUUCAAUUGGCGCGUGUUUCUGAGCGGUCCGGACGACCAGGUCACUGGACAUGUUCCGGAGGACACGGCGCAGGUCGCCAACAACAAAGACGUGCUCAAAGUCAUCAUGACGAUUUCGUCGACGGUCAAUUCGAUGAAGAAGGACGUUGAGUCGCACCGUGAGCAGUUUAGCAAGUUUGACUUUCUGUGGAAGGACGACAAGACCGAGACCAUCCAGGCUUUCCUGGCCAAAAACCCAACGAUCGGCGACUUUGAGAUGGAGAUCAACAAAUACGAGUCGAUCGAGCGAGAAAUCACCGAGAUACCGUCGACGACGCAGAUUGGGCUUUUGCUUAUCUCGUCCGAACCACUGAAGCUGGCUCUUAUCUCCGAGACCAAGGAGUGGAAGCAGCAGUACGGCUUUAACCUCAACCAAAAGGUCAAGCGAGACAUGGAGGAGCUGAUUGAGUAUAUGGAAAACAAGACCAUCCGGCUCAGCCGCAAGAUCUCCGACAUUGACGAUUUGCGUAUGGCCGUUCAGACUCUGAGCGAGAUUCGCGAGGCCGAGGUGGAUAUUGAUAUGAAGGUCGCUCCCAUCGAGGAGGCGUACCUACUCCUGAACAAACACAGCAUCGCCGUGACCAAGGAAGAGACCGAAAUGGCAGACUCGCUGCGAUACAGCUGGAAGAAGCUCAAGCAGCUGGUGAUUGAUGUUCAAGCCCAUCUCAGCAAAAUCCAGCCCAUCUUCAAAGCCGACUUGAUCAGCGCCGUGCAAAAGUUCGGAUCGGAUGUGAAGGACUUUACAGCCGAGUACAACGAGAAUGGCCCCAUGGUCAGCAACAUCCCGCCAAAGACGGCCAGCGAGCGGCUAAAUGUCUUCCAGCGCGCCUUUGAUGAGCUCAAUCGAAAGUGGGAGACCUACACCGGCGGCGAGGAGCUUUUCAACCUGCCUGUGACGCCCUUUCCGACCCUUGCCAAGAUCAAGAAGGAGCUCAAGCUGCUGCAGAACCUCUACAGCCUGUACAACGACGUGCUCGAGAAGCGUGCGCAGUACAACGAGACCCUCUGGUCUGAUCUGAACCUCGACAAGAUCAAUACCGACAUGAACGAUUUCCAGAACAAGAUCAAGAAGCUUCCCAAAGCCAUCAAAGACUGGGACGCCUUCCUAGAGCUCAAAAAGAUUGUCGAUACGCUGACGGCGACGGUGCCACUGCUGGAGAUGAUGACCAACAAGGGCAUGCAGAAGCGACACUGGGACGCCAUCAUGUCCAUCACCAAGACCGAGUUUAACCUCGACCCAGAUAUGUUCUAUCUCAAGAACUUGUUGGAUGCGCCUCUCACGGAGAAAAAGGAGGACAUUGAGGAUAUCUGCACAGGUGCUGUCAAGGAGGCAGACAUCGAGAUCAAACUCAAGCUCGUCGUUGCUGAGUGGGAGGACAAGACCUUUGUGCUGGCUGGGUUCAAGAACCGCGGAAACUUGAUCCUCAAGCCCUCGUCCACCAGCGAGAUUAUCUCGCAGAUGGAGGACAGCUUGAUGACCUUGGCGUCCCUGAUGAGCAACCGGUACAACGCACCGUUCAAGGCCGAGAUCCAGACUUGGGUGCACAAUCUCAGCACUGCGUCUGAAGUCAUUGAGAACUGGCUGGCGGUGCAGAAUCUGUGGAUCUAUCUUGAGGCUGUGUUUGUUGGCGGCGACAUCGCCAAGCAGAUGCCCAAGGAGGCCAAGCGUUUCAGCAACAUCGACAAGUCGUGGUGCAAGAUCAUGGGUCUGGCCAACGAACACCCAAACGUCAUCCAGUGCUGUGUUCUUGACGAAACCAUUGCCAACCUGCUUCCUCACCUGACUGAGCAGCUGGAGCUCUGCCAAAAGUCCCUCAGUGGAUAUCUGGAAUCGAAGCGCGCCAUUUUCCCCCGAUUCUACUUUGUGUCUGAUCCUGCUCUGCUUGAAAUUCUGGGACAAGCCAGCGACUCCCACACGAUCCAAGCCCAUCUGAAGAGUGUCUUUGACAACAUAGCUUCGGUGCAGUUCCAUGAAAAGGAGUAUGACAAGAUCCUUGCAAUCGAGUCGUCCGAAGGCGAACAUGUGACGCUCAGCAAGCCUAUGCUCGCGGUCGGAAAUGUCGAGGUGUGGCUGGGAACGCUGCUCAAGUGCAUGCAAAUCACAGUCAACGAUGUUAUCCGCGAAGCCGCAAGCCGUGUCAACGACGUGCCGAUGCAAAAGUUUCUCGACGAGUAUCCCGCGCAGAUUGGCUUGUUGUGUCUGCAGAUCCAGUGGACCCAGAUGUGCGAGGAUGCGCUGACCAACUCGAAAACCGACAAGAAGGCGAUGGCAAACGCCAACCAGCGCAUCACCGAGAUCCUCAAUGCCCUCAUCGACGUCACCACCAAGGACUUGACCAAGAUGGACCGCACCAAGUACGAAACCUUCAUCACCAUCCAGGUGCACCAUCGCGAUGUCUUUGAAAAGCUCUACAAGGCCCACAUCAAAUCGCCCGAGGAUUUCGAGUGGCUCAAGCAGGCGCGCUUCUACUGGCACGAAACAAAGGACUGCUGCAUAGUGUCGAUUACCAAUUUUGACUUUCGCUAUCAGUGCGAGUACCUCGGGUGCACAGACAGACUUGUCAUUACGCCGCUUACGGAUCGAGUGUACAUCACCCUUGCCCAGGCCAUCGGUAUGUCCCUGGGCGGAUCGCCCGCCGGGCCCGCCGGAACGGGCAAGACCGAGUCGGUGAAGGACCUUGGCAAGAACUUGGCCAAGUGGGUUGUCGUCUUCAACUGCUCGGACCAGAUGGACUACCGAGGUCUCGGCCGCAUCUACAAGGGGCUGGCACAGAGCGGAAGUUGGGGCUGCUUUGAUGAGUUCAACCGGAUCGAGCUGCCUGUGCUUUCGGUGGCCGCCCAGCAAAUCGGAUGCGUAUUAUCAGCGAGGAAGGAGAGAAAAACCACCUUCAUCUUCACCGACGGAGAUACGGUCGAGCUGAAUCCGGAAGUCGGUAUGUUCAUCACGAUGAAUCCUGGCUAUGCAGGACGUGUCGAGCUUCCCGAAAACCUCAAGGUUCAUUUCCGAUACGUGGCGAUGAUGGUGCCGGAUCGGCAAAUCAUCAUCCGUGUGAAGCUUGCUGGCUGCGGUUUCCUAAACAACAUCAUCUUGGCCAAGAAGUUCUUUGUCCUGUACGGUCUCUGCGAACAGCAGCUUUCGCGACAGGUCCACUACGACUUUGGCCUGCGCAACAUCCUUUCCGUGCUCCGAACUUGCGGUGCUGUCAAGCGAGGCAGCCCCGAAGAUAGCGAGAACCUGAUUAUCAUGCGCGUGUUGCGAGACAUGAAUCUCUCCAAGUUGGUCGAUGAGGACGAGGCCGUGUUUCUGUCGCUGAUCAACGACCUGUUCCCGGGGCUCAUCGCCAAGAAGAGUAGCUACCCCACCGUCGAGGCUGCAAUCGACCAACAACUCAUGGACGCCAACCUGAUCAGCCACCCACCAUGGACGCUCAAAGUGAUUCAGCUGUACGAAACGGCCCGGGUACGACACGGAAUCAUGGUCCUUGGUCCGACGGGGACAGGAAAGACCAAGUGCAUCAACGCACUGCUCAAGGCGCAGACGGCGUGUGGGGAUCCUCACAAGGAGCUUCGGAUGAAUCCAAAGGCCAUCACCGAUUACCAGAUGUUUGGCAAACUCGAUGUCGCCACCAACGACUGGACAGAUGGAAUCUUCUCCUCGCUGUGGCGAAAGACGCUCAAGAAGCGCGGCGAGACUGUGUGGAUUGUGCUCGAUGGCCCUGUCGAUGCUGUCUGGAUCGAGAACCUCAACAGUGUGCUGGACGACAACAAGUGUCUUACUCUUGCCAACGGCGACCGCAUUCCCAUGUCCUCGGCAUGCAAGCUGACCUUCGAGGUCCACAGUUUGCGCAACGCAUCCCCGGCGACAGUCAGCCGCUGCGGAAUGAUCUAUAUUGGCGUCAUCGCGCUGUCCUGGGACAUUGUGCUGCAAUCCUGGUUCAAAUCGCGCUCUGCGAGCGAAAUAGCCGUGCUCGAGCCUCUCUUCACGUCCAGCUUUGGACUGGCAAGCAACUUCUUGUUCCUUGAGCUGCAUCCUAAGAUGUACAUCCAGAAGGUAACCUACGUGGUAAAUGCGACAACGCUACUGACAGGCUUGAUUCCCAAGAUCGACCCCAAGGUCGACCCCAACAAGACCGUUUCGGGGGAGCAUCUGGAGCGCCUGUACAUCUUUUCGCUUAUCUGGGCGAUCGGUGCCCUCCUUGAGCUGGAUGAGCGAAAGAAGCUGCAGAGCUUUUUGCUUGAAAAAUGCUCACAUCUGAAGUAUCCCGAGCUCGACCCAAACACCCAGGACACCUUCUAUGAAUACUUUGUCGACGAGAGCGGCAAGUGGGUACACUGGAGAGAGCGCGUUCCGGAGUGGAACUAUCCGAAAGAUUCAACCCCCGAGUUUUCGAGCGUGAUCAUUCCGACUGUUGACAACGUCCGUGUCGAGUUCCUCAUGGAAACGGUAACAAAGCAGCAGAAAGCAGUGCUGCUGAUCGGCGAGCCCGGCACAGCCAAGACUGUGACGGUGCGAAAGUUCCUGGCCAAGCUCAAUCCAGAGACUCACCUCUACAAGAACUUGUCGUUUUCGUCCGCCACGACGCCCAUGAUCUUCCAGCGGACGGUCGAAAGUUACCUGGACAAACGCAUGGGCUCAACCUAUGGCCCGCCGGCUGGCAAGAAAAUGAUUCUCUUUAUCGAUGAUAUCAACAUGCCUGAGAUCAACGAGUGGGGUGACCAGGUUACGGGCGAGCUCCUGCGCCAGCUGAUGGAGUAUCAGGGAUUUUAUUCCCUCGACAGACCAGGCGACUGGACAUCGAUUGUCGAUCUCAACUUCCUCGGGGCUAUGAUGCAUCCUGGUGGCGGCCGAAACGACAUUCCAAGUCGUCUGAAGCGGCAGUUCGUCGUCGUUAAUUGCACGAUUCCCUCCGAUGUCUCUGUGGACAAGAUCUUUGGAACCAUGCUCGAAGGCCACUUUUCAGAGUCACGCAAGUUCCCAGAAGACGUGACUGAGUUCGUCAAGCGAUUCCCGUCGCUGACCCGGCGACUCUGGCAGAUGACCAAGGUCAAGAUGCUUCCAACACCGGCAAAGUUCCACUAUAUCUUCAACCUGAGAGAUCUGUCUCGCAUCGUCGAGGGCAUGCUGAUUGCCACGGCCGAGGUCAUUGUCAACUCCAAGGCGCUGCUGAAUCUCUGGGAGCACGAGUGCUCGCGCGUCAUUCCGGACCGCUUCAUCACGGGCGAGGACAUUGAUUGGUUUGCCAAAACCAUGGUCAACAUCGUGCAGAAGGAGUUUGGCGACGAUAUGGCCAGUGCAGUGUCGACAAAGAGCUACUUUGUUGACUUUUUACGCGAGCCGCCAGAGGUCGACGACCCGGAGGUGGAGAUUGAUCCGGAGGCAUGCAAGGUGUACGAGAGGAUUCCCUCCUUCGAGGGGCUCAAGGACAGAUUGAACGAGUUCAUGAAGCAGUACAACGAAAACAUCCGUGGAUCCAAGAUGGACCUUGUGCUCUUUGAAGAUGCCAUGAAACACAUUGCCCGCAUCUCGAGAAUCAUCCGGACCCCCAGAGGCAAUGGUCUCCUUGUCGGUGUCGGAGGCUCCGGCAAACAGUCCCUCACCAAGCUCGCGGCUUUUAUUGCCAAAAGCCAGGUCUUCCAGAUUGCCAUCUCCAAGAGCUACGGUACAUCCAACCUCAUGGAGGAUCUCAAGGUUAUGUACAAGGUUGCCGGUGCGCAGGGGCGAUCGCUGACCUUUAUCUUCACCGACAACGAAGUAAAAGAGGAGAUCUUCCUUGGAUACAUCAACAACAUCCUGACUUCGGGAGAAAUCACCAACCUAUUUCCAAAGGACGAAAUCAUUGGCAUUUCCUCCGAUUUGCGUCCAGCCCUCAAGAAACAGCGGCCCAACGUUCCCGAUACCAUCGAGAAUCUGUGGCAGUUCUUCAUCGACCGUGUCAAGGCCAACCUGCAUGUGGUGCUCUGCUUCUCGCCCGUUGGAGACAAGUUCCGAAACCGGUCGCUCAAGUUCCCUGGUCUGGUCUCGGGAUGCACCAUGGAUUGGUUCACAAGGUGGCCUAACGAGGCUUUGCGCGCAGUCGCCGAGAAGUUCACCGGCGAGAUGGACAUUGUCGGAUCGGAUCAAAUCAAGAAGGAGAUUGUAUAUCACAUUGCCCACGUUCACGACGUUGUCACUGAAGCUUGCGACAACUACUUUUCGCAGUUCCGUCGCCGCACCCAUGUCACACCAAAAUCGUAUCUAUCGUUCCUCAAUUCAUACAAGUCUCUCUACAAAGUCAAGCGCGAAGAGGUCGGUAUCUUGUCCGAUCGCAUGAACAUGGGUCUUGCCAAGCUAUUGGAGGCUUCCAAGUCCGUUGCAACCCUUCAAGAACAGCUUGUGGUGAAGGAGAAAGAGCUGGCGAUUGCCUCAAAGGCCGCCGAUGCCGUCCUGGUGGAAGUUACAGCCAGUACCGCCGCCGCCGAGAAGGUCAAGGAUGCCGUGUUCAAGGUGAAAACCAAAUCCGAGGCCAUCGCCAACGCAAUCAAAGCCGACAAGACCUAUGCAGAGUCCCAGCUCGAGGCGGCCAAGCCGGCGCUCGAAGAAGCCACAAAUGCCCUCAAUUCCAUCCAGCCGGCACACAUUGCCACGGUUCGAAAGCUGGCCAAACCUCCGCAUCUCAUCAUGCGUAUCAUGGACGGCGUGCUGCUCCUGCAAAAGAGACGCAUUGAUCUCACGACCCAAGACCCGGAGCGGCCGUGCCCCAAGCCAUCCUGGAGCGAUGCUCUCAAGCUCAUGAGUCAGUCUGACUUUUUGGCGUCGCUGAUGAACUUUGCCAAGGAUGAGAUCAACGAAGAGACCGUCGAGCUGCUCGAUGUGCUUUUGGAGAUGCCCGACUUCAAUCUCGAAGGCGCCAAGAAGGUGUCGGCCGAUGUUGCCGGUCUUGCUUCGUGGGUGCGUGCGAUGAGCGUCUACUACUCCGUCAACAAGAAAGUCAUUCCGCUCAAGGCCAAUCUGAUCAUUCAAGAGCACAAGCUAGAGAUUGCCAUGACCGAUCUGAACAAGGCACAGCAAGCCCUCGACGAAAAGCAAGCCGAGCUUGACGUCUUCAACGAAAAGUACAACAACGCCAUUGCCAGCAAGCAGGCCCUCCAGGCGGACGCCGACAGCUGCAAGCGCAAGAUGAACGCGGCCACAGCUCUGAUCUCUGGUCUGAAGGGCGAGAAGGAUCGGUGGACGAUCCAAAGUCGCGAAUUUGCUGAGCGUAUUGGCAAGCUUGUCGGCGAUGUGAUUCUAGCCACGGCGUUUCUUUCGUACAGCGGGCCGUUCAAUCAGGCCUUCAGAAGCGGUUUGCUCUCGGAUUGGACAAAGGAGCUGGUGCGACGCAAGAUUCCGCACACCGAGAAUUUGAACAUCAUUGGACUGCUCGUGGACAACACCACGAUCGGAGAAUGGAACAUCCAGGGUCUCCCUACCGACGAACUGUCGAUCCAGAAUGGUAUCAUCGUGACCCGAGGCACUCGGUAUCCGCUGCUGAUCGAUCCACAGAACCAGGCCAAGACCUGGAUCAAGGCGCGUGAGGAGGCCAACAAGCUCCAGGUCACCAACCUGAGCCACAAGUACUUCCGUCAGCAUGUCGAGGAUUCUGUGAGCCAAGGCAAGCCGCUGUUGAUUGAAGAUGUUGAGGAAGCCAUGGAUCCCACGCUCGACAACAUCCUCGAGAAGAAUUUGAUCCGCGCCGGUCGAUCAUACAAGGUGGUGUUUGGUGAUCGUGAGAUUGACUACACCGAAGGGUUCUCGCUCUUCAUCACCACCAAGCUUCCCAACCCCAAUUACAACCCGGAAAUCUAUGCAAAGUGCUCCAUUAUCGACUUUACUGUCACUCACAAAGGUCUUGAGGAGCAGCUCCUCGGCCGUGUCAUCAUGCGCGAGAAGCAAGAGCUGGAGACGGAGCGAGCCAAGCUCCUUGAAGAUGUCAAUACCAACAAGAAGAAGAUGAAGCAGCUCGAAGACAACCUGCUCCACCGCCUGACGUCGACCCAGGGGUCGCUCGUGGAUGACGAGUCGCUGAUUGAGGUGCUCGCCGUGACCAAGACCACGGCAGAGGAGGUCAACGAAAAGCUUAUGAUUGCAGCCGAGACCCAGAAGAAAAUCGGUAUUGCCCGUGAAGAGUAUCGCCCCGUUGCAAGCCGCGGCAGUAUCAUAUACUUUUUGAUUGCUGAAAUGAGCAUGGUCAAUGUCAUGUACCAGACAUCGCUCAAGCAGUUCCUGCAGCUCUUUGACGAAAGCAUGGAAAAGAGCCAACCUUCUCCGAUCCCGAGUAAACGCAUCCAGAACAUUAUCGAGUACUGCACAUUCCGGGCUUUCUCGUACGUCGUCCGUGGUCUGUAUGAAGUCCACAAGACCCUCUUUGUGCUGUUGCUGGCCAUCAAAAUCGACAUCUCCAUGAAUCGACUGAUGCACGAGGAAUUUCGGUGCCUGAUCAAGGGAGGCGCCGCCUUGGAUAUCAACACGGUGGUCAAGAAGCCGUUCAACUGGAUCCCGGAUAUGACCUGGCUCAACCUCGUGGCAUUGAGCAAGAUGCCUGGCUUUAGCGAUCUUCUCAACCAGGUUGGCAAAAACGAAAAGGCGUGGAAGUCGUGGUAUGAGCGAGACGCACCGGAGAACGAAAUGCUGCCAAGCGGCUACCAAAACUCGCUGGACACCUUCAAGCGGCUGCUGUUGGUGCGCUCUUGGUGCCUGGAUCGCUCGAUCAUGAUGGCAAAGCAGUACAUUGCCAGUUCCAUGACCACACGCUUUGCAGAGUCGCAGAUUCUGGAUCUCGACGCACUGCUUGAAGAGUCGGACAAUCGCACGCCGAUGAUUUGCCUGCUUUCGCAGGGCUCCGAUCCAUCCGCAGAUAUUGAGAAUCUGUCCAAGAAACACAAAAUCGAUAUGAAGGCGAUUUCGAUGGGACAGGGCCAAGAGGUGCAUGCACGAAAGCUGCUCUCGGUAUUCAUGACCAACGGCGGAUGGGCACUGCUGCAAAACUGCCACUUGGGCCUGCCGUUUAUGGAGGAGCUGCUGGGCAUGAUUCUGGAAACUGAGUACAUCCACGAGAAGUUCCGGCUGUGGAUCACUGUCGACGUGAGCCCCAAGUUCCCGAUCACAUUCCUGCAAAUGUCAAUCAAGUUCACCAACGAACCGCCACAGGGCAUCAAAGCCGGACUCAAGCGCACUUAUGCCUGGUUCACGCAGGAUAUGCUCGACAUGAGCGCUCGUCCGCAAUACAAGCCGCUCCUCUACGGACUUGCAUUCUUGCACUCGGUCGUUCAGGAACGGCGCAAGUUUGGUCCUCUGGGCUGGAACAUUCCGUACGAGUUCAACCAGUCAGAUCUUGCUGCAAGUGUGCAGUUCGUGCAGAACCACGUCGAUGAACUGGCUCCCAAGGCAAACAUCUCGUGGCAGACAGCACGAUACAUGUUUUGCGAGGUGCACUACGGCGGGCGAGUUACAGACGAUUUUGAUCGGCGCCUACUGGCGACAUACGGCAAGGUGUGGUUCGGAGACCACAUGUUUGCAGACUCGUUCAACUUCUACAAAGGCUACACGAUCCCGCAUCUCAAGUCGGUCGAAGAGUACCGCCAGUCGAUCGAGUCACUUCCCUUAAUCGAUACACCCGAUGUAUUUGGACUGCAUCCGAAUGCCGACAUUUCGAGUCAGACAAAGGAAUCACAGAAGAUGCUUGAUACCAUCAUGUCGAUCCAGCCCAAGGAUAGCAAUACUGGCUCAGGCGAGACUCGCGAAGAUGCCGUCAAGCGUAUGGCCAACGACUUGCUCAGCAAGCUGCCCGAGGACUUUGACAAGAACCGAGUCAAAUCCUGCAUCCAGAAGCAGGGUGGACCCAAGCCCCUCAACAUCUUUGUAGGGCAGGAGGUCGACCGCAUGCAGGUCGUGAUAUCUAUUGUGCGCUCGACCCUGAGCGAUCUGAAACUGGCCAUAGACGGCACCAUCAUCUACAGCGCCCAGUUGCAGAACGCUCUCGAUGCGCUCUAUGACGCCCGAGUGCCCGAGACAUGGGUCAAGGUCUCGUGGCAGUCGUCGACCCUUGGACUGUGGUACACCGAGCUGCUGAACCGCAUUGCACAGUUCCAGACAUGGCUCUAUGACGGUCGACCGCUCGUGUUCUGGCUCAGCGGUUUCUUCAACCCGCAAGGCUUCCUGACGGCAAUCCGGCAGGAAAUUACGCGUGCUCACCAGGGAUGGGCACUGGAUAGUGUCAAGCUUGCCAACGAAGUAAUGAAGCAAAUGAAGGAAGACAUCACAGCUCCACCGGGAGAAGGUGUCUAUAUCCACGGUCUGUUUAUCGAAGGCGCCGGAUGGGACCGCAAGAACAUUCGCCUCACCGAGUCGCAGCCCAAGGUCAUCUACCAGAUGAUGCCUGUCGUCCAUGUCAGCGCAACCAACUCGACCGACGACGGCGAUCCGCGCCUGUACCGCUGUCCAGUCUAUCGAAGACCUCGCCGCACGGAUCUGAACUACAUCUUCGAUAUCGAGCUCAAGACCCAACAGAACCCGGACUACUGGAUCCUGCGAGGUGUCGCCUUGUUGUGCGCCACAAGUUAGCGGGUCAACAACGACUUUGCUGGCAACUCGUCCGCGCCAAAUGAGGCAUCGAACCGAAGACCAAAGAUUGUGUCCACACGCAAGCCAAGAUUGGACAGGCUCAUUUGUCCUGCUCAUAACACGGCGAGAGCGCAUCUAUCCCGAAUAUCGCUGUUGUCCGAUAAAUGUGACUGAGUCGCUCAAACCACUGGGUACAUUGCACCUGCAACAUGGUUUCGUUGGAAGAGCUGUAUUGAGGUGUAUGGAAUAGCGGCAACGUUGCUCAUUCUGCUGCGGCA